CGAAACGCGAUCGUAACAGUUGGCACUUUUAUAUCAUUCGAACUUUACUUCAGAAAUCCGGUCUCGACUGAGUACGUUGUUCUCAAACGUCCGUUACCCCGUUUUCCCGAGUUUUUCCAAAUUCCACGAUGAAAUCCACCCACUGCAUUCUCGUCGCGCUGUCGCUGUGCGCAGUGGCUUCGUCCGCCGCCGGUUGUAAGUAUGCCGUAGACUCGUACACCACCAGCGAUGCCAUGAUCGUCACCGAGGCCGCUUUCAUUGCACAAGUGAGCGCCGAGUGCGAGGAUUCGCCGUCCAACCUGUACGCCGAGGUGGAAGGAMGACUUCUGGUUGCGGCCAACGCUGGUCCAAACAAAUACCAAGUCAGUUGGUUGGACGACUUCAAGAAGGCUCGCCGGGGCGAUUACUAUGUGAAAUUUUACGACGAGGCUGGUUACGGACAACUUAGGAAACUGUUGCGCGAUGGGGAAUCCACCAGCAGUGUAACGCCUGUGCACUCUGCGUAUGUCCGUUACCCCGGUGCUUACAAAGGUGUUUGGGUCAACUCUGAAUUCCUGGCUGCAAUUGUCAGCAUGGUAGUUUUAUAUUUUGCGUAUACGUUCAAGUCAAAAAUUGUCUCCUAAUCUUAAUGUUAUUUAAGACAUUUGAAAUAUUUUGUUACAAAGUCUGCUCGGUUUUUAUGUGACUGUUAUUAUUAAUUUUUUUUAAUUCAUUGUUUAAAUGCUCUAAAAAAGAUAUUUGAAUUAAUUUAUUAAUUUAAUUCAAAAUUAUAAGCUGYCCAAAAUCAGUAUCUACCUAUACCUAACAUCGAUAUCAAUUAAAUAUGUUAUUAAGUUGUAAGAUAACUUGUAAGUUAGGUACCUAAACAAUUUUUUUAAUAUACAAUUUUCUUAUA